CCCUCGUACCAUGCUUUUGUAGUUUUGUGGAGUCCAAAUAAAAACAAAAUAAAGCCCAUAUAACUUAUCUGGGUAAAAAGGGAAUCCGAAUAUUUGUGGUAGUCAUAAUUAUCUGAAACGGGUCCUUCUCUUUUUUUUCUCCGAACUUCUUUCGAGGAAGAGAGAGACCAGCGCCUAGUGAGAGGAAAAGCCACCGGCCAUGUCGGACGAGGAGCACCAAUUCGAGGCGAAGGGAGAUGCAGGGGCAUCCAAGACCUACCCGCAGCAAGCUGGAACCAUCCGCAAGAAUGGCUAUAUAGUCAUUAAAAACCGUCCUUGCAAGGUUGUUGAGGUCUCCACCUCAAAAACUGGCAAGCAUGGGCACGCCAAAUGCCACUUCGUGGGAAUUGAUAUUUUCAACGGGAAGAAGCUUGAAGAUAUUGUUCCUUCGUCUCACAAUUGUGAUGUGCCACAUGUUACUCGUGUUGACUAUCAGCUUAUUGACAUCUCUGAAGAUGGUUUUGUCUCUCUUCUAACAGACAGUGGAGCUACCAAAGAUGACCUGAAGCUUCCCACUGAUGAGAAUAUCGCAGUGCAGAUCAGAGAUGGAUUCAAGGAAGGGAAGGAUCUUAUAGUGUCAGUCAUGGCUGCAAUGGGAGAAGAGCAGAUUAACGCAGUGAAGGAUAUCAGUGGUGCUGGUGGUACUAAAUAGUGAAAAGCCAGCCAGCCUUUUAUACAUUUAAUAUAUCUAUAAUUAAGGGAACCUGGCAGUAUAUCUAUAAUUAAGGGAACCUGGCAGUUCACCUGAAUUGUUUGUUAUUUCCAAGUUUAGUGAUGAGUCAAGACAGCUCUGUUGAACCAUGCUUUUGUGUAUUGAAACCCUUGCAAAAGGUUCCUUCUGGUGGUCCUUGUGCUAUGGUUCUGCUCCUGCGCCAACAGAUUAAAGUUAUGUGCUUAAUUGCUAUCCUUCUUAUAGCUUAUGUGAACAAUUCCUUUGCCUUUGAAUAAAGUCACAUAUCCUCUUGGCAUUUCCUUUCCGGCGGCAAAUUGCAUUUCCUGCUCUCAAGGGUGGGGGAGUAGGGAUGGACUCGGGCCGGGUUAACCGGCCCGUAAUCGGGUAUUGUUACAGCCCGGACCGGCCCGGUACCCGGUUCUAUAGAGGGGCGGUUCCCG